CCUCACCACCAACCACCCAUCAUGUCCGGUGCCAGGAACCUCUCCGUCGCCCUUCGACGGGCUCGCGUGCCCAAGCCUCGCUCUCUGCUUCGUCCUCUGUCCGUCUGCGCUCCGUCUCCCGCGGCGAACUCCGUCCGCGCCUUCAGCGUCACCUCCGCGGCCAAUGCGACCAAGGAGAUCAAGUACACCAGCGCCGCCUACCCCAACCUGAAGCGGGAUUCCAAGUUCGCCGAAAUCUCUGCCGACGAUGUUGCUUUCUUCAAGGAACUGCUGGGCGCCCAAUCCGCCGUGAUCGAUGGCGUCACCACCGAUGCGGCCGACGAUAUCGAGCCCUUCAACAGCGACUGGAUGCGCAAGUACCGCGGUCACACGAGACUGGUUCUCAAGCCCCAGACGAAGGAGGAGGUCAGCAAAGUGCUGCAAUAUUGUAACGAGAAGAAGUUAGCGGUGGUUCCUCAGGGUGGCAAUACUGGACUGGUUGGCGGUUCCGUACCGGUGUUUGACGAGAUCGUCAUCAACCUCUCUCGCAUGAACCAGAUUCGCUCCUUCGAUGAAGCUUCUGGUGUGCUGGUUGUCGAUGCCGGUGUCAUCCUGGAGGUUGCCGACCAGUACCUCGCUGAGCGCAACCACCUCUUCCCCUUGGACCUGGGCGCCAAGGGCUCCUGCCAUGUCGGUGGCAAUGUGGCUACCAACGCUGGUGGUCUGCGUCUGCUCCGCUACGGCAGUCUCCACGGCACCGUCCUCGGUGUGGAGGCUGUUCUGGCUGACGGAACUGUCGUCGACUCUCUGUCCACCCUGCGCAAGAACAACACUGGAUACGACCUGAAGCAGCUGUUCAUCGGCUCCGAGGGUACCAUCGGUAUCAUCACCGGUGUGUCCAUCCUGUGCCCCCCUCGUCCCAAGGCUGUCAAUGUCGCCUACUUUGGUCUUGAGAGCUACGACCAGGUCCGUCAGGCCUACCAGGAAGCCAAGGGACACCUGUCUGAGAUUCUCUCCGCCUUUGAGCUCAUGGACGGCCGCACGCAGAAGCUCGUCCACGAGUCCACGGGAACCAAGUAUCCCCUGGAAGGCGAGUACCCGUUCUACUGUCUCGUCGAGACCAGCGGAUCCAACGCCGAGCACGACAUGGCCAAGCUGGAGGGAUUCCUGGAACACAUCAUGGGUGAGGGCAUUGUUGCCGACGGUGUCCUGGCUCAGGACGAGACCCAAUUCCACGCCAUCUGGCGCUGGAGAGAGGGUAUCACGGAGGCACUGAGCCACUUGGGUGGCACCUACAAGUAUGACGUCUCCAUUCCUCUGCCGGAGCUGUACCAGCUGGUCGAGGACUGCAAGGAGCGUCUGACGAAGCUUGGAUUCGUUGGCGACGACGACUCGUUCCCCGUCCGUGCGGUUGUGGGUUACGGCCAUAUGGGUGACUCCAACCUGCACUUGAACAUCUCUGUGCGCCAGUACAACAAGGAGGUCGAGAAGGCCAUUGAGCCUUGGGUGUAUGAGUGGAUCCAGAAGCGGAACGGUAGCAUCAGUGCCGAGCACGGUCUCGGUCUUGCGAAGAAGGAGUUUAUCGGAUACAGCCAGAAUGAUACCAUGGUGAAGUUGAUGAAGCAGCUGAAGGGGCUAUACGACCCGAAUGGAAUCUUGAACCCUUACAAGUACAUCUAGAUCGCAGCGUGCAUGUUCGGAGUUACCUUGAUAUCAGAUUUAAAAAUGGAAGUUAUUUGAGCAAAAUUACAGCGUAAGCUAUGAGCAUUAACCUUUGGUUGUCCAAAGUAAACGUAAUUCUCAUAAGGAAGCCACUUUUAACUGACUCGAUCCAUAAUAUCGAUCUGACGUGAGAUUUUAGCAACAAUCUGUCUUCUCAAUAGACAAUAAGAGGGGUAAAGUCUAGCCCUCAAUAUCCGAUCCUACUAUACCAUCUACCGUUUAGCAAGAUUCAGCCAUCUCUACCUGCGAGCAGCUAAUUGACUAUCGCCAUCCACAUAUCCCUGUCCAGUAAACCAUAAUCAAACCCUCUCAGAUAACAUCACCAUAUGCGCCAAUAUAUCAACCUUAACAUACCCACACAGUAUACAACUCAAAACUACUCUCCCCUCCAAUAACUACAACAUCUCACGGAUAUGAUCCCAUCUAACUCCGCAAACUCCGCAACCAUCUUCUAGCCCCCAUCGGAGUAAAUGGCAUUAAUCCUCAAUCCCCGGAUGAUCAUCACAUACAUAGAUAGAUACUAAGAUAACCUUACCUGAUUAAAUGCCCCCACCACAGCAUAUAAAGCCAGCACCACCCUUCCCUAUCUAUCCCAAUUAUCCCUCUACACCCCCACCCCCAAUCCAAACCAAAA